AUGGUGUCUCCACUCUGCGACUUUCAGUUACUAAACCACCGUCCUUCGAUCUCACCUGCAUCUUCUCAGUUCGUGAUCGCGGAGGGAAAACUCCUCCGGCAGAAUCGUCUUCUGAGCUCUUCGCCGUUUUGGGGCGCCAAAUUCGGAAACGGAUUCAAGUUAGGGUUAUCCGGAUGUAGUAGCUGCUCUCGGCGGAGGAGCACGAGUGUGAGUGCUUCAUUAGGUGGUCUUCUCAGCGGGAUUUUCAAGGGUACUGAUAACGGAGAGUCGACGAGGCAACAGUACGCAGCAGUCGUCGCCUCCGUUAAUCGCCUGGAGACUGAGAUUUCAGCUCUCUCUGAUUCCGAAUUGCGGGGGAGGACUGAUGCGCUAAAGCAGCGGGCUCGUCAAGGAGAAUCCAUGGAUUCACUUCUGCCUGAGGCAUUUGCUGUUGUGAGAGAAGCUUCCAAGAGAGUUCUUGGACUCCGACCUUUCGAUGUGCAAUUAAUAGGUGGUAUGGUUCUUCAUAAAGGAGAAAUAGCAGAAAUGAGAACUGGUGAAGGAAAAACGCUUGUGGCCAUUUUACCAGCUUAUUUGAAUGCGUUAAGUGGGAAAGGUGUUCAUGUGGUCACAGUCAAUGAUUAUCUUGCUCGAAGAGAUUGUGAAUGGGUUGGUCAAGUUCCUCGGUUCCUUGGAUUGAAGGUUGGUCUGAUCCAACAGAAUAUGACACCUGAACAAAGAAAGGAAAACUAUUUAUGCGACAUCACAUAUGUCACCAACAGUGAGCUUGGAUUCGAUUAUCUGAGAGACAAUCUUGCCACGGAAAUUGAUUCCAUACUUAUUGAUGAAGCAAGGACUCCUCUCAUUAUCUCUGGACCUGCAGAGAAACCUAGCGACCAGUAUUACAAAGCUGCAAAGAUUGCUUCAGCCUUUGAGCGUGAUAUACAUUACACUGUUGAUGAAAAGCAGAAGACUGUUUUACUAACGGAACAGGGUUAUGAGGAUGCAGAAGAAAUCCUGGACGUGAAAGAUUUGUAUGAUCCUCGUGAACAAUGGGCGUCAUACGUUCUUAAUGCCAUUAAGGCAAAAGAACUUUUUCUCAGAGAUGUGAACUAUAUCAUCCGAGCAAAGGAGGUUCUUAUCGUGGAUGAGUUUACUGGUCGUGUAAUGCAGGGAAGACGUUGGAGUGACGGACUACACCAAGCAGUUGAAGCAAAAGAAGGCUUGCCAAUUCAGAAUGAAUCUAUUACACUGGCAUCAAUUAGUUAUCAAAAUUUCUUUCUGCAGUUCCCUAAACUUUGCGGGAUGACUGGCACUGCAUCGACCGAGAGUGCAGAAUUUGAGAGCAUAUACAAGCUGAAAGUUACAAUUGUACCCACAAAUAAGCCCAUGAUAAGAAAGGAUGAGUCAGAUGUGGUUUUCAAGGCAGUCAAUGGAAAAUGGCGGGCAGUAGUAGUGGAGAUUUCUAGAAUGAACAAGACAGGUAGGGCUGUGCUAGUUGGUACAACCAGCGUCGAGCAAAGUGACGAGCUAUCUCAACUAUUGCAGCAAGCUGGAAUACCUCAUGAGGUCCUCAAUGCAAAACCAGAGAAAGUGGAGAGGGAAGCUGAAAUUGUAGCACAAAGUGGUCGUUUAGGGGCUGUAACAAUUGCCACAAAUAUGGCAGGGCGUGGGACAGACAUAAUUCUUGGUGGAAACGCAGAGUUUAUGGCACGUUUGAAGCUCCGUGAGAUACUUAUGCCCAGAGUGGUAAAGCCUACUGAUGGUGUUUUCGUAUCUGUGAAGAAGGCCCCUCCCAAGAGGACGUGGAAGGUAAAUGAGAAGUUAUUUCCAUGCAAAUUGUCAAAUGAGAAAGUAAAGCUAGCAGAGGAAGCUGUACAAUCAGCUGUAGAGGCUUGGGGCCAGAAAUCGUUAACUGAGCUUGAAGCAGAGGAACGUCUAUCUUAUUCUUGUGAAAAGGGUCCUGUCCAGGAUGAAGUCAUUGGUAAAUUGAGGAAAGCAUUUCUUGAGAUAGCGAAAGAAUAUAAGGGCUUUACGGAUGAAGAAAGGAAAAAGGUCGUGGAAGCUGGUGGACUCCACGUGGUUGGGACAGAGCGACAUGAAUCACGCCGAAUAGACAAUCAGUUGCGUGGGCGAAGUGGCCGGCAGGGGGAUCCUGGUAGUUCCCGGUUCUUCCUUAGUCUUGAAGAUAACAUAUUCCGCAUUUUCGGGGGAGAUCGGAUUCAGGGUAUGAUGAGAGCAUUCAGGGUGGAAGACUUACCGAUCGAAUCCAAGAUGCUUACUAAAGCUCUAGAUGAAGCUCAGAGAAAAGUCGAGAAUUACUUCUUUGACAUCAGAAAGCAAUUAUUCGAAUUUGACGAGGUUCUCAAUAGCCAAAGAGAUCGUGUUUACACAGAGAGGAGGCGUGCUCUUGUGUCAGACAGCCUCGAGUCUCUGAUUAUCGAGUAUGCUGAACUGACGAUGGAUGACAUCCUAGAGGCGAAUAUUGGCCCUGAUACUCCAAAAGAAAGCUGGGAUCUUGAAAAGCUCAUCGCCAAAGUUCAGCAGUACUGUUAUCUGUUGAACGAUCUCACUCCGGAUUUGCUGAAAAGCCAAGGAUCAAGUUAUGAAGGAUUGCAAGAUUAUCUCCGUGCCCGUGGCCGCGAUGCAUACUUGCAGAAAAGAGAAAUCGUGGAGAAAGAAGCACCAGGACUAAUGAAAGAUGCUGAACGGUUCUUAAUCUUGAGCAAUAUUGACCGGUUAUGGAAAGAACACCUUCAAGCACUCAAGUUCGUUCAACAAGCUGUCGGGCUUAGAGGAUACGCGCAACGGGAUCCACUCAUUGAGUAUAAGCUCGAAGGAUACAAUCUAUUUCUGGAAAUGAUGGCUCAAAUACGAAGAAAUGUUAUAUACUCCAUAUAUCAGUUUCAACCAGUGAUGGUAAAGGACCAAGAGAAGAAGUCUCAGAACGGGAAACCAAGCAAACAAGCGGAUAAGCCUAACCAAGUCGGUGUAGCAGAUGAGCCAUCCUCAGUCGCGAGCGCCUAA